CAGCCGUGGCCGCGCGCAGGAACGCGCAGCCUCGCUGUCAUCAGUAGCAACAUCAGCAUCAGCAUCUUCCCGGGGUGCGCGCAGAGGAGCGGGGAGGAGGAGGACGGAGGAGAGAGAGAACAAGGCAGCGAGGAGGACACCAGAGAGGGAGCUCAGAACAUUGCGUGGAUCCACGGAGGCUCUCUGACGUCGAGGAGCAGUGGCCACGAUGGAGGCGCGGCGGUGGACAAUUGUGGAUGUGCAAGAAAGGACUGCUCGCAUUUGACGCGGAUUGCAUCUUUCUCCUUUUGCACAUCCUGCGUGGACAUCUCGGCGGGGGUGGGGGGCUGAGGACGGUGGGGGAGAACCCCACGGAUGCAAGGGAAGGUAAAAAAAAAAAAAAGAAAAAAAAAAGACCUCCCGUCAUCCAUCCAUGCAUCCAUCCAGCUCUUAAGGACAUCCCAGCAACACCUUGUGGCAGCUUCUCCCGUCACAGCAAGACAAUCCUCUUCUUGUUCCUGUUCUUCUUUUUUUUUUUCUUUUUUUUUUUUUCUUUUUUUUUUUUUUUUAAUCAUUCAUGGUGAAGACCCGAGGGGGAAAAAACGAGCAAUGUCGAAUCACUUGUCGUGGUGAAUAAUUUAGGGCGACUGUAGGUAGAGGCUAGGAUUUCCUUCAAUGUAGCGUUCAUUCCUUCCGAACGGCCGCGCAUGCUGAAGAAGAGCGUGGAUCUGAUGCCCUUUUCCCGGGCAGCAUCAUAGGACGGGGUUGAGAAAAAAAAAAAAAAAAAAAAAAAAAAAUAUUUUUAUUUUUUUAUUUUUAUUUUUUAAACAAAGCAAAAGGUAGAAACAUGUUGCCUUCCCAAGAAGCCUCCAAGAUCUACCACGGCAACUACAACUACAACUACAACCCGCGGGCGGUCGGGGUGCUGUGGGCCAUCUUCACCAUCUGCUUCGCCAUCGUCAACGUGGUGGUCUUCAACCAGCCCUACUGGAUCGGCGACAGCAUCACCACGCAGCAGGUCGGCUACUUCGGCCUCUUCCACUACUGCGUGGGCAACGGGCCCUCGUCCAGCCGGGAGCUCACCUGCGUGGGCAGCUUCUCCGACUUCAGCUCCAUACCCUCCGGAGCCUUCAAGGUGGCCUCCGUGUUCGUGCUGCUCUCCAUGGUGCUCAUCGUCGGCUGCAUCGCCUGCAUGGCGCUCUUCUUCUUCUGCAACACCUCCACCGUCUACAAGACCUGCGCUUGGAUGCAGCUGCUGUGCGGUGUAUGCCUGGUCCUGGGCUGCAUGAUCUUCCCUGACGGGUGGGAUGCAGAGGUGAUCCGGGACAUGUGCGGGGAGCACACGGGGAAAUACUCCCUGGGCGACUGCUCCGUACGCUGGGCCUACAUGUUGGCCAUCAUGGGCAUCCUCAACGCUCUGGUCCUGUCCUUAAUGGCCUUCGUCCUGGGCAACCGGCAGAACGACUUCUACCUGGACGACCUGCAGACGGACAACAAAGAUUUUGCUGUGUCGAGGAUUGAGGUCCGGGACAGAAGAGAGCCGAGGUAUGGAGUCCAACGCCUUCACUGAGGAUCGCACUGGACAUCUUCACCUCUCCCUCUCCUCCUUCUCUCUUUCUCUUCCUCUCUCCAAUUGAUCAGGAUAUCACCCACAUGUCAAUACAGAAGCCAAAUGUACAGGAUUCUGUGAAAUAAACAAAGCAAACAACACUGGGAUAAACUAUAUUUGGAGGGAGAGGCGGAGAAGAAAAACCUUGUACAGUGCAUUUAAGACUUGACUUUCUCAACAAAUACCUUUACGCCGUGGGGAGAAACAACAUAUUUGCAUUCUUGGCUUUGCGCGGGGGAACUUGUUGGAUUUUUGGGGUUUUUUUCACCAUUUUUUAAAUUUUUUUUAUAAAGAAAUCAUUGAGAGUCCCUGUUGGGGUUAAAAGUGGCAAUACGGCCGCCAGAGGAUACAAAAAACAACAACAGUACCCCAGCAUAGCAGCUUUACUAACAUCUCUGGGAGAUUCUCUACUGUACAUAACCAUGUAAAUAACAUUACCGCUGAGCGAUAUAGGGAGAAAAUUACCAGAAAAAAAAAAAGGUCACUCUUUUGUGUUCACGUCACUCCUCGCAGUUGACUUAGGAAAACCAGAAAAACACGAUCGAUCUGGCUUUCAUUGGUCAGGUGAUUCUGCAGCCUGCGUUGUCAUCGGGGAGGCGAAAAAAGUGCUGCAGAUGUCAUUUUGGACGCCUCAUUGGACAAGCAACUGUGCCUGCAGGUAUCAUUAAUUAACGCCCGGAAAGGAAAAACAAAGGAGUCGGCGUCAGCAUACUGUACAAAUAAUGUACCUGCUGUAGGGAACUCUAAGAGCGAUGCUGGAUUUAAUGUCGAUAAAAAACACUCUUAAACCUAUAUUUCAUACACUGGCAACCCCCAGCAAAAACCAACAGGAAGUUUGCAAUUCCCCCUUCAAAACAAAAGUUGUGUAAAAACAGUCACCUUUUUUCAAACAUUAUCUCCUCUGAGCGCGUUUGUUGUGUCGGCUUCAAAUUAGCACUGGAGAGAGAUUGAACCCUUCUGAUUAAAUGUCGAUGAAAGAGUUUUAAUUACUGCUCCGGUUUGGAUUUUAUGAGCCCUAAAAUUCGGUCCCGUCCAUCGCUGCUUGCAGCUUUAAUAUUAUUUUAUUUUUCCAUAUUUACUGUACUAAACUAAAUGGUAAGAACAGUGAAAGGGAUAUUGCCAAAUCAGUGCAUUUCACAAUACACUUAUAAUUAGGGGUGUAACGGUACGUGUGUUUCAGGGGUGUCCAAACUUUUUCCACUGAGGACCGCAUUCUGAAAAAUCAAAGCAAACGGGGGCCAUUUUGAUAUUUUUUAUUUUAAAAACCAAUACAAUAUAUGUAUAAAAAAUAUACAUUAAGGCCUCCACUCAGGCUUGAUCCCGGGGACCCCAAAGGGUUUUGGUCAAAAAAAUAUUAAAAAUGCGACAUUAUUCAGUAUUAUUAUUUGUAUUAUUAUUCAAGUUUUAAAUCUCCAGAUCAACAUUAGGUCUAUCUGUCAAUAUAACGGCUUUAAAGAUUUAAGUUGUAUGCUCUUGUUGUCAAAGAAAACCCUGUUUUUUUAUGGAAAAAAUACAAAAAUAUGCAAUAUUUUCACACAAUAAAAUUUUCGAGUGGAAUAUUUGAGAUUAUAUAAUAAUUGGAGCCUUAAAAAGGUCAAUAACUCAUAACAACAUUGAUUUUAAUUCAUUAUUAUUUUUUGAGCAAUGACACUUGAAAACAAAUCACACUAAAUCACACAAAUAAUUAUAGUGUUAAAAAAUCAAUUGUAUUAUUUUUUUUUUACUGUUUACUUUUAACACAAUAAUCUCGAGAUCAACUUCAGAUCCAUCCGUCAAUUAUACGUUUUAUUGUUGUUUAUGUUUGUCGUUUGUUCAUUUUAGGCCCUUCUUUAUAAAAAAACAGCUCAGUUUUUUAUAUGGCAAACACAAAAUAUGCAACAUUUUCCCCCCAAAAUACCUCAAAUGUGACGUAAUUGGAGCCUUGAAUAGGUCAAUAAUUCAUAAUGACAUUGAAGAAAGAAACAGCCUGCAUGGCAGCUUUGUGUUAUUACUUAUCAUGUUUUUAAUUGUUUUCAAUCGUAUUUUUAAAAUGUGCCGUGGGGCCGUUAAAAAAUGACCUGCGGGCCACAAAUGGCCCCCGGGCCGCACUUUGGACACCCCUGGUGUAUUUGUAUUGAACCGUGUCGGUACGGGGGUUCCGGUUCGGUUCGGAGGUGUACCGAACGAGUUUCCACACGGACAUAUGAAGUAGCGUAACGCAUGUUGUGUAAACAAUGCACACCGAGGCACAACACACGGCAUGCUAGCAGCUAACGGGCUAGGAUAGACUGACCAUACGUCCUCUUUUCACCGGACAUGUCCACUUUUGUGGAGCUGGCGAAAAUUGCGAUCUAGCGCCCCCUUGGAAGAAAACACAGACAAAACUGCCUGUAACUCCCAGUAGGAAUGUCGUAGAGACAUGAAACAAAAACCUCUAUGUAGGUCUCACUUAGACCUAUAUUUCAUACACUGACAACCCCCAGCAAAAAUCAACAGGAAGUUUGCAAUUCCCCCUUCAAAACAAAAGUUGUGUAAAAACAGUCACCUUUUUUCAAACAUUAUCUCCUCUGAGCGCGUUUGUCGUGUCGGCUUCAAACUAGCACAGGAGAGGGAUUGAACCCUUCUGAUUAAAAGUUGAUGAAAGAGUUUUAAUUAGUGCUCCGGUUUGGAUUUUAUGAGCCCUCAAAGUCGGUCCCGUCCAUCGCUGCUUGCAGCUUUCAUUUUCUUUCAAACUGUCAUUGCUCAAAACAUAAUAUUGAAUCAAAAUCAAUGUUAUUAUGAAUUAUUGACCUAUCCAGGGUUUCGAUUACUUCACAUGAAAUAUUCCACUAAGAAAAAUAUUUUUGGUAAAUAAAAAAAUAACCGAAAAAUUGAUAUUUUGUUGUUUUCUUACUGUACCGAAAAUGAACCGAACCAUGACCUUUAAACAGAGGUACGUACCGAACCGACAUUUUUGUGCACCGUUACACCCCUACUUAUAAUACAUUUGUCUUGCUAGCAAUAUGGGUUAUAGCUAUUUAAAAAGCAGCAGCGCUUUGCCAAAAAGUGAGUCGACAAUUACGGUUGAAAGCAGUUCUAAGUAAUGUUCGAUUUUCAAAAUGCAUUAAUUAAUCUAUUUUUUUUUUUAAACCUUGUUAAAGAUGCACAAACUGUAAAGAUUAAUUUUGGCAACCAGAAAAGGCCAAUUAGGAUCAGGAGUAAGAAAUGCCUAAGAAUCAUUUUAACAGGUUAAUAAUGACGAUGUAACCCUUUAUAUAAAAAAAAAGUAACUAAUUUGUAAUCCGGGAAACUAGUGAUGGGUGAAUGACGCCUCAGUGAGUGUAUGGCACACUCACUAGCUCUAUGGACACUGCACUAAUACUGUUAGCGUUUCAUAAUGGUCACCCGCCAUGCGCUGGUAUUUAAAAAAAGUCACUGCAAAUCAAAUUAAUUGUUAGAAAAUACAAUUUGAGUGACAGAGUGUCACUCCUUGUGUUUCAUAAGGCACAGACGCUUCAGUAUCGUUCCACCCAUUCACUACUAGUAAAUACAGUGGUACCUCUUACGCUUAUGACUUUUUUGGUAUACAAACUGUCUCCCAAAACGCUUUACAAACCCC